AUUGUUUCUGUCAGUUCCUUCCUCGCAGGCGAAACUGUGCAACUCUCUCGACCGUUUUUUAUGUUCACCAUCUUCGUAUGGUGAAGCGAACAAGUAUCAUUCUUGGCUCCUUUCCCCAUAGUCAGCCUCUACGUCGCACUUUACAUAUCACCAGUCCCAUUGCCAACUCAAAUUAUCCGGACGCGUCGUCCAAGCCUUUGUCGCGCAAAUCCAGAGGAGUCAAAACAACAAAGGAUUAUACUGAUUUACCUAAACGACACGUAAACCCUGAUGGAACGAUUGCUGUACCCCUAGAGCAUUGGUGGGGAGGAGAACACGGAAGCGAGGAUAAAUCUUACAAGACAGCCCUAUUUUCCAAUUCUACGAUAGGAUCAGCCUUUCAGAAAGCGCACAUACAACAUGCGAACCGUGGUGACGACGAGACAUCCUUUUCCCUUGUCGAUGAUAAUGAUGCUCCUGGUGAGAACCAGCUCAAGGAUAACAACGUUUCAAAAUCAAGGCGAGGUCGAAAGCCCAAGUCAGGGGUUGAGAGGCCAACCGAUCUUAAUGUGAAAGCCGCUCCAAAGAAACGCGCAGUCUUCAAAAUCGAAAGCGUAACAACGGACGCGCACGACAUUGAGCCCGGAAUCUGUGAGGCCGACGAGCCGGAAAACAUUCGACCUCAAAAUACUCUGGCCAAAGAAAUACUGGAGAACCUUUCCCAAUUUCCUCAUUGUGUACUCCUUACCCGUGUUGGACAAUUUUAUGAAUCCUAUUUUGACCAAGCUGUCGAGGUGGCUUCGCUCCUCAAUAUCAAGCUAGCCAAGCGCAAAUGGGGAGGAAGACCAAUUGCUAUGUGCGGCUUUCCCCUUCCACACCUUGAUAAACACCUCAAGGUUCUCGUUCAGCAAAACAAACGCUUCGUUGCCAUGUGUGAAGAGUUUCCAAGGUACCACUCCGGUGGUAAACGCGAGUUCGAACGACGCGUAGUACGCGUUAUCACCCCUGGAACGCUCAUUGACGAAUCGUUUUUGAACCAAUAUGAAAACAAUUUUUUAUUGGCAGUUGCCUCAACAGCAUCUCCUGAGAGGGACAGUGAUAAUACGUUUGUUGGCCUCGCCUGGAUCGACGUGUCGACCGGGGAGUUUUUUUCUAAAGUUGCUCCUUCUGAAAGUGUACGUGAUGAAGUUACACGAAUCGGGCCCAAAGAGGUCCUUCUCCAACAAACACACAGAAAGGAAACCAGCAAUUCGCUUGUGGCUGUCCUCGAAGAAACAGAUACCGUGAUCUCCUUCGUCGAUAUCUCGCAAGAGAGUCUUUCGGAAUUAAAUACGGGGAGCACGUCGGGAAGAGCGUGCGGCGUGGCGGACGAGAUCAUCUUACCACAAAAGCAAGUGUCUGCUUCUACUCCGGACGUCUACUCCCUUGAAGAAAGCAUAGCGAUAAGCUUGUUGACAAGGUAUCUGCAACUCAAUCUUCUCCAGCAUAUGCCUCCCUUGCUGCAACCGAAUCGUGAACACCUUGGUGGACGAAUGCAAAUUGACUCUCAUACCAUUAUGGCCCUCGAGAUACGCGAAAGGUUAUGCGAGGGCAGUGCAAAAGGCAGUUUGAUGAGCGUGAUAAAACGUACCCUUACUACCGGCGGAACUCGCUUACUCUCACGAUGGCUCUGUUCUCCAAGUACAUCUAUCGAAGAAAUCAAUGCAAGACAGUCGCUUGUGGCGUUUUUCUACGAACGGCCCCAUUUCCGUUCUGACCUUUGCGUCCUCCUUGCACGUGUGGAGGAUGCCGGUAGGAUCGUGCAGAAGUUCCUUCUAGGACGUGGUGAUCCAGGUGAUUUGUCUUCACUAACGGCAGUAAUCAAAACAUGGGCUUGCAUCGCGGAGAAAAUACACUUGGAACGUGAAGUAGAAUCCAGCGAACGGUCGGACUUCAACCGUAACCUGGAAUGGACCAGUAUCGAUGCACUACUUUCGCGACUUGCCGAUCUCGAACAACUCGCCAGCAGGCUAGACGGAGCGAUCGUAACAGGUGAUGGCCAACUGGACAAUGGAGCUUCCUUCCGUGCCGACGAGAGUUUCGUGACCGGACCUGAAAAUUCUGCUCUUACCUUCAAUAGGCACGACUGGAGGUAUGGCCGAACACGAUUCGGUAUUAAGAUCAAUCCGCAAUUUUCGGUCGAACUCCGACAGGCUCAUUCGACUCUGCAGAAUCUAUUGGAUCAAAAGGAGAAGCUAGAAGAACAUUUACAAGUCAAGUAUGAUGCUCCAUCGUUGACCCUUCGUUCAUCACCUGCUCAAGGGAUGCAUGUACAUCUGGCGAAAUUUAAACGUGACCAGACCAAACUCAAGAACAAUCCUGCGUUUGUCCCCAUAAGUGAAACCGGGACCACGAAAUGCUACUUUUACCAGGAAUGGUCUCGACUUGGCACGCAAAUCUUCAACGCUGCACUGGCCCUUUCUGCUGCCGAGAGGGACGCUUUUGAGGGUCUUCGUCAAGAGAUUACUAGUCAUGCUUCAAGCAUAAGGCGGAACGCACGUGUAUUGGACGAGCUUGACGUUACCCUCGCUUUUGCGAACCUUGCUGUUGAGAUGAAUUUUGUGAGACCGACUCUGCUAGAUGAUUGUAGCUAUCAUGUGGUGAACGGAAGACAUCCAACUGUUGAACUAGGUCUCCUUACUUCUGGGAAAAUAUUUACCCCGAAUUCUGUUCAGCUCACUCCCACUUCCAACUUGCAUAUUAUUACCGGACCCAACAUGGCCGGAAAAUCCACCGUGCUGCGUCAAACUGCCCUUAUCUCCAUCUUGGCCCAGACUGGCUCGUUCGUGCCCGCAGAUUUAGCGAAGAUUGGAAUCGUGGACAGAUUAUUCUCGCGAGUGGGCGCCAAAGAUGACCUCUUCCACGACAGAAGCACAUUCAUGGUAGAAAUGCUCGAAACGGCGGAGAUUCUUCGUCGAGCAACUCCGCGGAGUCUUGUGAUCAUGGAUGAGGUCGGACGAGGCACUACAGUUAAUGACGGGCUUGCCAUUGCUUUUGCGUCCAUUCAUCAUUUGGUUUCUGUUAACCGAUGCCGAGCUCUUUUUGCUACUCAUUUCCAUGAGCUAUCGGAUAUGUUGGGUCAUUCGCUCUCUGGACAAGGUCGCGGGAUAUUUCGGAAUGUCUCCUUUUACUGUACCGAGGUGGACGAGCUUCAGGACGGCUAUUUUGCAUACUCUUAUCGUUUACGACGGGGGGUUAAUCGAGACAGUCACGGACUCAAAGUCGCGCAACUCGCCGGAAUGCCUGAAGAAGCUGUUUCCGUGGCGCGUAAUGUUCUGGAUGCGUUGCAGCAACAAAAAUUACGAAGUUACGAUGCACAGCAGCUCGCAUCUCUCGGUCAAGUGGUGACCGGCGACUGCUCAAGGGUAUAGCCACUCUGAUUGCCACGACCUGCACUUGGUAUAAUAGUGUAUAAUAUAUAUAUCUUGCAUAUAAAAUACUUUUCCUACGAAGAUACUCAAC